CAGUCGCUUAGGGCUCGGGCAUGAGCUGGCGGUGCUGGCCCUGAGUGGACUGUGUCCGGCUGGCUGUCAGAAGUACGGGGUUCGGGGUUCGGUUUGGGCCAUGGCCGCCGAGAAGCCGCUCGUCUCCAUCACUUGCACCGCCCCCACCAACAUCGCGGUCAUCAAGUACUGGGGAAAACGUGACGAAAAGCUGAUUUUGCCCAUCAAUUCCUCACUGAGUGUCACUCUGCACCAAAAUCAGUUAAAAACCACCACCACAGCAGCCAUCAGCCGGGACUUCAAAGAGGACCGAAUCUGGCUGAAUGGCAAGGAGGAGGAUGUGGGGCACCCACGGUUACAGUCCUGCCUUCGAGAGAUCCGUCGCCUGGCUCGGAAAAGAAGGAGCGGGAGUGAUGGAGAUUCUGUUCCGCUUUCCUACAAGGUGCACAUUGCGUCCGUGAAUGACUUCCCCACGGCGGCAGGUCUGGCCUCCUCAGCAGCGGGGUACGCCUGCCUUGUCUACACGCUGGCCCAGCUCUACGGGGUCGAGAGCGAGCUUUCAGAAGUGGCCCGGCAAGGCUCGGGCAGUGCUUGUCGGAGCAUGCUGGGGGGCUUUGUGCAGUGGCACAUGGGAGAAAGGCCUGAUGGCAAGGACAGCAUCGCCCAGCAGGUUGCACCGGAGUCCCACUGGCCAGAGCUCCGAGUCGUGGUUCUGGUGGUGAGUGCUGAAAAAAAAAAAGUGGCCAGCACAGCUGGAAUGCAGACCAGCGUAGAAACCAGCUCUCUGCUCAAAUUCCGGGCUGAAUCUGUGGUGCCUGGGAGGAUGGCAGAGAUGGCGCGGUGCAUCACAGAGCGUGACUUUGAGGGAUUUGGCCAGCUGACCAUGAAGGACAGCAACCAAUUCCAUGCCACUUGCCUGGACACCUUCCCUCCCAUUUGCUACCUCAAUGACACAUCUCGGCAGAUCAUGGGCCUCGUCCACCGCUUCAAUGCCCACUAUGGCAAGACUAAGGUGGCGUACACAUUUGACGCAGGUCCCAAUGCCAUCAUCUUCACCCUGGAAGACACGAUGGAUGAAUUUGUCGCUGUCAUAAAACACAUCUUCCCACCAGAGAUGAACGGAGACAAGUUCCUGAAGGGCUUGCCAAUAGAGCCCGCUGAGCCCUCAGAAGAGCUGAAAUCUGCUUUGGCCAUGGAGCCAUCCCCUGGAGUAAUCAGAUACAUCAUUGCCACUCAGGUGGGGCCCGGACCUCAGGUGCUGGAGGACCCCCAGCAGCCACUCCUGGGCCCCAAUGGCCUGCCCACACUGGCGUCCUGAGCACGCGCCAUCUCCGGUCAUCAUGCACCUCGGGGAGAGGCAGCUGAAUGGGGAGCAUGGAUACCACUUCUGGUUAUGCUGUCGGGGACUGGCUUGUUGGGACUCUGGAUGCUUUCCCAGUGUCCGCACGUGGCUGGAAAAAUAUUGUCAGGCGGGGGAUUCUGUCAGAGAUGCCACCAGCAAGGACUUGUGCAUUGGCUUGACUGUCGGCUCUUCCGCCCUCCAGCGGUAGAGGCGGUUGUCCCUGUCGUGGGGUCUGUCACCUCUGUGUGCAGAUGUGCAGAGGUGGCACUGUCGUGGUGGGGACCCCAGACAUCCCCCUCCUAGUCCAUCACGCAGAGGCCUGGGCAGAAGCGACACCAGACCCUGUCGGAGAUGGCGGUGGAGACUCGUUCCUUCCUGACCCUUCCUCCAAAGCCUUUCUCGCUGCUCUUCAACAAAGUCCAUGGAGGAAAGAAAUGGCCCACGUCUUCUCUACUGGAUUGUUGUUGACUCUUCUUGACUUGUAUUAAAUGAAUGGGAGUGUGCCAGCAAAGCAGCCUCUUGGGAGCCCGCAGAAGGAGGGUGUUUCUUGGGGUGGUGGCCUGCAGGGCCAAUCUUUUGCCAAAUUUUGCUCGGGUGUUCCAGAAUUUAAGCCACUGACUGUGAGUUUAAUUUUAUUAAAAAAAAAAAAAGAAUUAAUUUAAAAUG